CGCUGGAGCGGCGGAUGGAGCGGGCGGAGGCGGCGCUGCGGGAGCGGCCCCUCGCCGCCCUGCAGCUCCACGGGGUCCCGGUGCUGUUCGAGGAUGUGGCAGUGCGGUUCAGCCAGCAGGAGUGGGCAAUCCUGGACGAGGGACAGAAGGAAAUGUACCGGAGCGUCAUGGAAGGCAACUACGAGAUGCUGGUGUCCCUGUACUCUGCCCUGUCCAAGCCUGAACUGUUACUGCAGCUGGAAAGAGAAGAGCUGAGCACACCCCUGGAAUCGGAGCCAGAGGCAGCAGAGGUGUUCCCAGAGCUGGCUGUAGAGCCAGCCCUUCAGAACUGCACCAGCAAUGAUGCACCGCUGGAGACAGAGACAGUGGAGAGGGGCUGCAGGGAGCCAGAGGAAAGUGGGAAUGUGGCAGAGAAAAGUGGGAACUUGGUAGAGGAAAGCGAGAACUUGCUGGAGGAAAGCUGGAGCCUAGUGGAGAUAAGUGGGAACCUGAUAAAGGAAAUGUGGGAUGUGACAGAAGAAAACAGGAGCUCGGCAGAGGAAAACAGGAGCCCAAGAGAGGAAAACAGGAGCACAGCAAAGGAAAGUGGGAACCCAGCAGAAGAAAGUGGGAACCUGGUGGAAGAAAGCAGGAGCCCAGCGGUCCCAGAGAACUGCAGCACACCACCUGUCCCUCUGGAAGCCACCGCUGUCCUGGCGGAUGUCAGCCAGCCGACCCCAUCCCCUCCCCACCCGCUCUCUGUGCACUGCCAGGAAGCCGUGGGUCAGAACUGUUCUCCCCCUGCAGCAGGAGAUGCUGAAGUGGGGAUCCCAAUGGAGGUGCCGCAGGAGGAGGUUGCCUCAGAGAAGCUGUCAAUGCCCAAAACACCCUCUAAGGGCCUGGAAGAGGACAAGGGUCAGGAAGAGGAGGCUGUGAAAGAUUCACGGAAUACUGGCCAAGAUCUGGUGGCCGACAUCCCUGAAGAGCCAGGAAAGGAGGUGACACCAAAUGUCCACAAAAUGACAGAACAGGCAGAUUCCAGCCCAGAGGAGCCAGAGAAGGACUCCUGCGUGGGCCGGCCCAUGGCCUGGCAGCGAAAUUCUGCCCGGGAAUUUUACUCCUGCCCCAUCUGCAGGAAAACCUUCCUGCUGAAGAUCAACCUUCUGAUCCACCAGCGUGGCCACAACAACUGGGUGCCCUAUGUCUGUGUCCACUGCGACCGCAAGUUCAUGUCCAAGAAGAAAAUCAGGCGGCACCUCCGUGCCUGGGCAGCCAACGGGACGUGCCAGCCCUCGGAGGUGGAGGUGUGUCCCAGCCAGAUGCCAUUCCCAGCAUCCCAUCCCCAAACCUGGCCAGCUAACGGGACGUACCAGGCCUCAAAGCCAGAGGAGUGUCCCAAUAGGACGCCGUGCCCAACAUCCCAGCCUCAAGCCUGGGUACCCAAUGGCACCUGCCAGCCCUUGGAUGCAAAGGCAUGUCCCAGCCAAGGGACAUCGUGCCCAACGUCCCAGCCCCAAACCUGGGCACCCAAUGGCACCUGCCAGCCCUUGGAUGCAAAGGCAUGUCCCAGCCAAGGGACACCAUGCCCAACGUCCCAGCCCCAAACCUGGGCACCCAAUGGCACCUGCCAGCCCUUGGAUGCAAAGGCAUGUCCCAGCCAAGGGACAUCGUGCCCAACAUCCCAGCCCCAAACCUGGGCACCCAAUGGCACCUGCCAGCCCUUGGAUGCAAAGGCAUGUCCCAGCCAAGGGACAUCGUGCCCAACAUCCCAGCCCCAAACCUGGGCACCCAAUGGCAACUGCCAGCCCUUGGAUGCAAAGGCAUGUCCCAGCCAAGGGACAUCGUGCCCAACGUCCCAGCCCCAAACCUGGGCACCCAAUGGCACCUGCCAGCCCUUGGAUGCAAAGGCAUGUCCCAGCCAAGGGACAUCGUGCCCAACAUCCCAGCCCCAAACCUGGGCACCCAAUGGCACCUGCCAGCCCUUGGAUGCAAAGGCAUGUCCCAGCCAAGGGACACCGUGCCCAACGUCCCAGCCCCAAACCUGGGCACCCAAUGGCACCUGCCAGCCCUUGGAUGCAAAGGCAUGUCCCAGCCAGGGGCCAUGCCCAACAUCCCAGUGCCCAACAUCCCAGCCCCAGACCUGGGAAGCCAAUGGGACCUACCAGGCCUCGAUGCCGGAGGAAUGUCCCAGCCAGACCCUGUGCCCGUCCUCCCAGCCACAAGCCCCGAGCAGGGACUGUGGCACGGUGUGGCAGGAGCCUGGCCCCGCCAGGUGCUCGCUGCCACCUGGAAAAGUGAUGUACACGUGCACCGAGUGCCCGGAAACCUUCUCCAACCAGGUCUUCCUGACGGUGCACCAGCGCCGGCACUCCGGCCACCACCUCAUCCUGUGUCCCUGCUGCAACCGCAGCUUCACCUGGGUCUCGGACUUCGUCCGGCAGCACUGGAUGCACAUGGGCGUCCGGCCCCACCAGUGCGGCAUCUGCCAGAAGACCUUCAAGAGGUUCUCCCACCUCAAGGCGCACCAGAGGAUCCACAGGCGGCAGGAGCGGCCGUUCACCUGCGCCAACCCGGGGCCCGUCGUGGCGGCACCCGCAGCAGGAGACGGGGUGGGAAGCCAGGCUGUGACCCCCCAGGGAUGGGGUGCUGCUGUCGGACCUUGAGGUGUCCUCCCGGGAAUGGGGGGCUGCUGUUGGAUUUCAGGGUGUACACCCAGGGGUGGGAAGCUGCUGCUGAAAUUUGAGGUGACCUCCCAGAGAUUUGAGGUGAUCUCCCAUGAUGCUGCUGAUGGACUUUGAGGUGAUGCCCCGGACACAGGGUGCUGCUGAUGGACUUUAGGUUGUCCUCCCUAGGAUAGGAGGCUGCUGUCUGAUCUUGAGGUGAAGAAUGGGAUGCUGCUGCUGAUGGGCAUUAAGGUGUCCUCUCAGGAAUGGGAUACAUGAUGAAUUUUGAGGUGUCUUCCCAGAAAUAAGAUGGUGCUGUUGAACCUUGAGGUGACCUCCCGAGAACAGGAUGGUGCUACUGGAUCUUGAAGUGACUCCCAGGGAUGCAAUGCUGCUGCUGGAUUUUGAAGUGACCUCCUGGGGACCGGAGGCCACUGUCAGACCUUCUCCCCUCUAUCCCUCUCCAGAUGAAGGCUGGAACAUGGACAACAUUUUCUGGCUCCCCUGCCCUGGUGUGGGGAUGGGGGGCACCUGCCCAGCCCAUGUGAGGGGCUCCUGGUUCCCAAGCCCUGGUGGGGUGGGUGGGAUGCUGGGAGUGGGUCCCUUUUCUGGA